CGCGGAUGGCGCGCGUGCGUCGUGCUGUCAGUGAACACCGUGUGGCCUCCGCCUGGCAGACAGCUGCAGACAGCCAGCCAGCUCGCGCGGCAUGAGGAGCUGGUCUGAGGAGGGGGCGAGAGUCGCGUUUGACCAGCGUCAGUUUCCCGCGAGGCGAGUCGACCGUCUGCGACAAGUCGCCGACUCGUAGCGUUAGGUGACGGCUCCCCGUGAACAGCGAGGGGGGGAGAAUGAGAAUAGUGGAUGCAGUUCCUUCCCGUAGGUACAGCGCAGCAGCAGCAGAAGAAGGAAAGUGUCGUCAAAAGAUUUUGACAUGAAGAAGGACAUAGACACACUGAUAGCGGAGGAACGGGCCGAAAUCAUCUCUAAAUAUGACGCGGGCAGGCAGGAGGGCGUCAGCAUUGAUCCAUGGGAGGAUGGUGACUACAGCAUCUAUAAGGUCACUGACCGCUUUGGCUUCCUGCAUGAAAAAGAGUUGCCGACACCUAGUGUGCUUGAAGAAAAGCAAAAACAGCAGGAGAUAGAGCGAGUGGAAAAAUGGCUGAAGAUGGUGAAGAACUGGGACAAGUACAAGAAUAGUGAUAAGUUGGUGAAGCGUGUGUACAAAGGCAUCCCUCUGCAGCUGAGAGGCCAAGCUUGGGCUUUACUUUUGGACAUAGACAAAGUGAAGGAAGACAACAAGGGCAAAUAUGAGAAAAUGAAGAGACAGGCCCGUAACAUGUCUACAGAGAUCAAACAGAUAGACCUGGAUGUAAACAGAACCUUUAGGAACCACAUCAUGUUCAUGGAUCGCUUUGGAGUAAAGCAGCAGGCCCUGUUUCACGUGCUGGCAGCGUACUCUGUCUACAACACGGAGGUGAGCUACUGCCAGGGGAUGAGUCAGAUCGCUGCCAUCUUGCUCAUGUACCUGAAUGAGGAGGACGCCUUCUGGGCUCUGUCCCAGCUUCUCACCAUCACCAAGCACGCCAUGCACGGGUUCUUCAUCCCGGGAUUUCCCAAACUGCUGCGUUUCCAGACCCACCACGAGCUGAUCCUCUCCAAGAUGCUGCCGAAGCUGAAAAAACACCUGGACAAGGAGCAGAUGACAACAGGGAUUUACACCACCAAAUGGUUCCUGCAGUGUUUCAUCGAACGAACCCCCUUCACCCUGACCCUGCGACUGUGGGACGUCUACAUUUUGGAGGGAGAGAAGAUGCUUACUGCCAUGGCUUAUACAACCCUCAAGUUACACAGGAAGCGCCUUUUGAAGCUUCAGCUAGAGGACCUGAGGGAAUUCCUCCAGGAGCAGCUGGCUGCUUCUUUCCUGUUGCCUGACGAUGUGGUGAUUGAACAGCUGCAGGCUGCUAUGUCUGAACUUCGUAGUAAAAAGCUGGACCAACCUCCUCCAGCCAAGUCAGAGGAAAUGCCAAUGAAGCCUCUGGGUCAAGAGAGACCAGUUCUCCUGCUUCCCCUGGAGCCGGAUUCUCCUGUUGAAGUCAAAAUGAAUCUGCAGCCCCACAACCAGCUUAACGCAGAUGUCCAACAACCAGAUGGCAUCACCCUACACCAGACGCCUUCUCCUGCAGAACCACAAGACCUGCCCAGGGAAAACACGCCAUCCCUGCCUUCACCCGAUCCAGUUGUCGUCCACACACAAGGAGUUCCUACUCCUGUAAGACCUCCUCCUUUACCUCCAAAAAAGGACAAAUCCUCUAUUGUGGUAGAUUUGGACAGCAAAGUGAAGGAGUCGCUCAUGGAUCGCGAAGCACAGAUACAAGAAGGGUCUAUGGACUGGCCUCCUCCUUAUGAAGCCCCUGCAGUGGAUAUUCCAACCAUGUCUGAAGAGGAGAUCAUGGACCUUCCAGAUCUGCCACCGCCACCUUUCUUUUACCCACACCAAGAUGUGCAAAAGCCUCAGGACAGUCAGCACCUAGGACAGAUGGAGCCUGGCUCUGCUUCCCCCUCACAUGUAACUCGUGUAAAACUAUCUCCGAAACCUCACCCAAAACCUCUUACGUCUCUUGACCUCAUCCAGAAAAAACCUUUCCUGCCUUCUUCUCCCAAACCCCCUCCAAAGCCAACAAGGUUCCCAGUUUCUCUCCAUGUCCCAAUGUCCUCAGGAGACAGAAGACCCUCCAGCACCUCCCAGUAUGACAACCUGUCUGAGGCUGAUGAGGACGACCAUUACCUGGAGAGGCUGCUAGCAUCCUCCCCUGAGGAGAUCCUCCGAAUGCACAGCAGCCCGUCGCAUUUCCCUGAAAGAGGGUAUGACCCUGUUCACGACCUUCCGCCUCCACCUCUUGUCUUCAUCCCUCCUUCCCCUUCCCAUGUUCCCUGUUCUCUGCCCAGUCUGCCUCAGGAGCCAGAGUAUGGAGGAGAGGACAGCUGGGUGGAGGACUCUAUCAUCCCCCCUCCUCCACCUAGCUUUGCUGAUAGACUCCCUCCCUUCCAGUGUAGCACUGCCAACUGUUCAGACACACACAGAACCACCUCACCCACUUAUCCCAAGUCUAUCUCCAGAGGCCCCAGGGAUCAUUCUGCUUUCCCAGCACCAUUGCUGUAUACUGGGUCUCCCCCGGGCCACUCUAGGCCCUCAGGACAGCCAGCAGUAGGGCCCAUGCCCGUGGUCCGAUCCAGCCCAGACUUUUGCAGAAUGCCUCCGGGUGGACAGCAGCUGCCCAAGUCUGUGACAUUUUGAAGCAAUACCAUAAGUCAUGUUUUUCAACAUGUCCAGAACUCUUUAAGCCCUGAUUUGUUUUUUAAGCUAGUCAAGAGUUGAAAGGCCAGUAGCUAUUCAGCAUGUCCACUGGUUCAGUGUGUGUGUGUGUGUGUUACGGGACUUUUUCUUGAUGUACAGACUUCUGUGAUGUUUGCACCUUUUUCCCCCAAAGGCAGUUAACCCUUUUAAGCGCAACUUAAGCUGCUGUCUCCAUUACUGUUUGCUGCACCAGAAGCGUGCAUUAACUCGCCCGCGUGUCAGUGUGUAAGACCAGACCGACUGUCUGGUAAUGUCUGGCUAAUACCAGAAGCAUGUUUCACCAUAAUGUGACUAACGGUUAGUUUUGUUUUGUUCCUGAGCACAGUGCACUGAGCAGCAACUCUGAAACAAGGGCUUUUAAGGCUGCAGAGUGAGGUCAUCAUAAAAAAGCACCUGAAGCCUAUACAUAUAUCUCAAUACUGUAUUGUUGGCCAACUGUGAGCAGGCUCACACGUUUUAACAGUAUGUCAGACUUAAUAUAGUUUCAGUACUGCAUCUGUAAUACUGCAAUACUUGAUAAGGACCACUAAACCACAUUGCACCAAAGACAUCUGACAGGGUUGAAAGCGAUUAUUAAACGUGUGGGCACCAACAGCAAAGAAGACCUGGUGCAGUAGUUACUGGUGUAAAUGCUGAAGCUUGUUGCAGUCUCACGGCGUCUGGACGGGUUCUGUGAUUCUCUAAAGCAGAUAAUAGAUGGUACUCUGUGGGUGCUCUGCUGCUUUUUAAAGUUUCUUUCAGUUUGAAAGAAAUAGUUUCAGUGUAACGUUUGCUUGCCAGAAGAAAAGCUCCAUCUAGUGGUCAGAGGUGUUACAGACCUGCUUGAAGCAUGAAGUUGUCCAGGGACAAGACGAAUUUUGAGGAAACUAGUUCAGGUAAUGAUGUAAAUCGCUAAAGAUAAUGCUUGUUUGAAAGCGCACAUAGUCAGCUAGACUUAAUGAAACAAGGGCAGACUCCUUAGCACACUGUUCUAUACUGCCCCAGACCAGGGAGAAACGGGAACAAAUGCUACAAGUAUAAUUAUGCACAGCCAUAUUUUAGAGCCAUUGCAGCAACUUCAUUGUCAAUUUUAAGUUCUUGAGAAAAGGAAGUUGAGCCAUAAUAUACUGUACAAGGACCUAAUAGUCAAACGUGUUUAUAUUAUUACUGCAUUCAGUUAUACCAUAUAUUACAGGAUGUACUGUUUCUGAUUAUCAGUUUUUCUUUAGCACUGACCUUUGUUAUUACAAAGAGACUUUGCAGUUCUUUCAGUAUUCUGUUGUUUUCUAAUGUUUCAUUCUGAGAAAUGUGGGCUGUUUUAAUGGGUUGUUCAUGAUCUUUGGUCUGGCUGCUGUGGUUUACAGUACUACUUGGCAUGCACACAUAUGUUUAGCAGGAGUAUAUGAAGUCAUGUGACAGACCAACCAUUGUACAUUACCUUCUUAUGACGCCAGGACUCAGACCAAAGCUUAUGUGCAUUUAUGCAGCUACUAAAGAGUUUUAUAAAGACAUGAA